CCUGGAAGUGAUUUAUGUCUGCUGAAUCUUCCAAAUGGCCUGCAAUGAUGCAAAACAGUGUAUGCUAUCAGGAUUAGCGACUCCGAAGGGUCGAAAGAGUGAUGGGGAUGGACCGAAGAAGAGAAGACAGCUCCGACAUGUUCAAAGUGCUCCUUUAGCAGUUUUUCGUCCUAGUGAUACUAAUCGAGACGGAGCACUUCCACGUUCCGAGUCCAUUUUCGGGAGACUUAACUGGAGUCUUACGAAGGUAAUCUUAAUGUUUGAUCACUUCUACUUGAUCGAUUCGAUGACUUCCAACGAUGCUCCCAAGAAAAGAAGCUUUCGGGGCUGCAAAACUACUUCGGUAGUUGCGAAAUGUGUUCCUCCGGAUACUUUCCGGUCUGAGAUCCCUGAUCUAAAGCUGCUCGGCAUAUACUUCGGUGUCUACUUUACCAGUGGAAGUAUAACAUUUUAUGCAAUGGAGGACGACAUUAGAGGACAUAAAACAAACGGUUUUGUCGAUUCACUUUACUAUUGUGUUACCACAAUGACCACGGUCGGUUAUGGAGACCUCGUUCCUCAUUCUUUCGAUGCGCAAAUACUAUCCAGCAUUUUCGUAACCGUCGGGAUGUUUCUGUUCGGAAUAGCGGUGAAGAUAGCCUCAAAGUACUUGGUCGUGAAGCAACAAAUGGUGAUGGUUAACGCCAUGAGCACAGUUCAAAAAAUCGGUCCAGUCGAGGCCCUUAAGGAGAUCGACAACCUCAAAAUAGACUACAAUAAGGUCAAGAAAUCGUUGACAGUUAUGGGCGGGCAUUUCGUCCUCGGGAUCUUUGUUCUGCUCACCGUCGAAGGAAUGGACUUUUUCGAUUGCAUCUACUGCGCAAUUACCACCAUGUCAACCACAGGCUUCGGAGACGAGAGCUUCCAAAGCACAUUCGGCCGCAUGUUUGCCGUAUUUUGGGUAUCGACCGGAACGACCUGCGUAGGCAAGCUAUUUCUCUACAUUGUCGAGGUAUAUACGGAUGUCGAAACAAGGAAACUGGUGAAGCAAGUCAUUGCUAGCAACAUUACCGCCAAGAAAGACCUGGAGGCAGCCGAUCAUAUCGAGGAUCGCAAGUCAUACGGGGCCGCUGAUAUGAUGUUAUAUAAGCUAAAAGAGAUGGGAAAUAUCAAGGAAGAUGAUACUUAA